ACGGUGGGAGCGGAUCCAUUUCCGGGUUGGUAAAAGGGGCGGCGGCGAGAAAGAGAGCUUGCCGCGGGGCGAACGGGCAGGACUAAACCCGGACUGAGGUGACGGAGGAUUCGCUCCCGGAGUAGCCCCCGCCAGGUGGGAAAGACGCCGAGGCGGCUGAGCCCGCCGCUGAGCUCCAUCGCUGGCGAUCAAGGAGUGACGGUGUGCAAGUGUUUCCAGCAUCUCUGCAGGAAGCGCCUACACUUCUGGUGGCUCAAGGGUAUUAGAAUGUGAGAGAAGACACUUCUACAAGGAAUGUCAUGGUGCUGCCAUUAGAUUAUCUGUGGUCUAUGAAUGACCUAAAGCUGCAACUAAAAACGGAGAGAGAACGGUGCCAACUGGGAGCAGGGCAAGCAUGCCAAUUCCUCCUCCCCCCCCACCCCCGCCUGGUCCUCCCCCACCUCCCACCUUCAGUCAGGCAAACACAGAACAGCCCAAACUCAGUAGGGAUGAGCAGCGGAAUCGAGGCGCCCUCUUACAAGACAUCUGCAAAGGGACCAAACUGAAGAAGGUGACCAACAUUAAUGAUCGGAGUGCUCCUGUCAUCGAGAAGCCCAAAGGGAGCGGUGGUGGCUACGGCCCUGGAGCUGCUGCUUUACAGCCCAAGGGAGGUCUCUUUCAAGGAGGUGUGCCGAAGCUCCGCCCUGUGGGAGCCAAGGAUGCUCCAGAGACCCCAGCUGGUAAGCCGGCUCUUCAGGUACCCAGUUCUCGAGCUGCUGCUCCAAGGCCUCCGGUGUCUGCAGCUAGUGGGCGACCUCACGAUGAUAGCGACAGCAGCCGAGCCUCCCUCCCAGAACUGCCCCGGAUGCAGAGACCCUCUUUACCGGACCUCUCUCGGCCUAACACCACCAGUGGCACCGGAAUGAAGCACAGCUCCUCUGCACCUCCCCCGCCCCCUCCAGGCCGGCGUGCCAACGCGCCCCCUACCCCUCUUCCUCUGCACAGCAACAAAGCCCAAGCCUACAACAGGGAGAAGCCGUUGCCUCCAACACCUGGGCAGAGGGUGCACCCGGGUCGAGAAGGACAUCCUGCUCCACCCCCUGUAAAGCCGCCUCCUUCCCCUGUGAACGUCAGAACAGGACCCAGUGGCCAGUCUCUGGCUCCUCCCCCACCGCCUUACCGCCAGCCUCCUGGGGUCCCCAAUGGGCCCUCAAGCCCCACCAAUGAGUCAGCCCCCGAGCUGCCACAGAGACACAAUUCUUUGCAUAGGAAAACGCCAGGGCCUGUCCGAGGCCUUGCACCUCCCCCGCCCACCUCAGCCACCCCCUCUUUGCUGAGUAACAGGCCACCUCCCCCAGCCCGAGACCCUCCCAGCAGGGGAGCAGCCCCUCCACCCCCACCGCCCAUGAUCCGAAAUGGUGCCAGGGAUGCCCCUCCUCCCCCACCACCUUACCGGAUGCAUGGGUCAGAACCCCCAAGCAGAGGGAAGCCUCCACCUCCACCCUCAAGGACACCAGCUGGGCCGCCCCCUCCUCCACCACCACCCUUGAGGAAUGGCCACAGAGACUCCAUCACCACUGUCCGCUCCUUCCUGGAUGACUUUGAGUCCAAGUACUCCUUCCAUCCGGUGGAGGACUUCCCCGCUCCAGAAGAGUACAGGCAUCUUCAAAGAGUGUACCCCAGCAAAACAAACCGAGCUGCCCGUGGAGCCCCACCUCUGCCGCCCAUUCUCAGGUGAAGCCUGGCGUGGUCCUGCUCCUCAGGAAAAGGAUGAACCUCCUCUUCUCAGAUGGUCCCCAACCCCUAACACCUGCAUGAGAGCUCCUACAGUGUUUCUCCAGUGCAACCAACCCUAGACUCUGAGCACCCUCCCAGCCCAGCGCCAUCUAUGCAUCUCCUCUCUGGACUUGGUGAUUGGACUCUUUCUAUUGGCCACGGGGCCUCACGCCCAUGUCCACCUUCUUCCAGCAAGCCUGCUAGCCAGAGGAGCAGAAAGCUUUCACGCCUCCUGCUUUCUUCCAGAGAAAGGUGCCUUGUUAAGGUGAAUGGACUCCCAGGGGCAGGGUAGAAAACGUGACCCUGUCUCUGUCAUUCACCGAGGGCGAAGUGUGCUGUGUGCCGUUAUACUCCAUAGUUUAGGAGGUUGGUGUGGCCAGGACUUCUGGGAAAGGGUAUCCCGUGAUGCGGGAAGGGGUUUGCAGAGAAGUGAUCUGUUUUAAAGGUCGGGUUACGGAAAGGACAAGGAAAUGGGUCUUCUUCAUUUUUAAGAGUGUUUGGUUUUGUUCUCAUCCCUCUUCCCCCAUCCCAAGAGAUGAGUUGUACAUACACACUAAGUACUAAUCAGUUAACCGAACAGUAAAAGGGCAUGAAGUACGCUGAGGAUCAUCUCAGAGCUAGUCCGCUCUUGUGCAGCUGAGGGCCAGAGCUGUCUGAGCUCUCUCAUAAGACAUGAAAAGAUAGGGCCUUAACCACAGCCUCCUGAUUAACCCUGAAGUGGUCACAGCCUGAGCCCUUCAGCCUUUGGGAAUGCUCCAGGGAGACUGAGAAGGGAAGCAGGAAGCACUCAGUUCUAGGGAGUGUCUGGUUCUUCAGGGUCAGUAAGAUCUUGACAGCCGGCUUAUAUGAAGCAGGCUCUUCCUGCUUUCUCUGCCACCCAUACCUUCCUGCGACUGCAGGGUUUAAGGCCACAGAGGAGAAAAGGGAGCUUCAGGGGGAUAUGCUGAGUCCUUUAAACCAAGAAGCACAGAGACGUAGUCCAGGAGCCUGCUCUUCCCUGGCGGCCAGCAGUACACCGUGUGCUUGUCUUCCAGGUUAGGCAAACAGCACAGGAAGCGAAUGGUCCAACUGAGGCUUGUCUGUUGGCCAGGGAGUGUCUUCUCCAGCAGUGUGGGGCACCUGAAUUCCACACUCAGACAAGUUGGUUUCCUCUGGUCCUUGACCUAGGCACACGCUGCUCAAAUCUUGCAUGACAAUAAGGAGAUCCGACUGUUCUUUGAGUUGGGUAGGGGAAGCAGGUGAAAAACUUCCAAAUACACCACAGGGUUAAACUGUCCUAGGGACCUUUCUUUUUUUCCUUCUUAUUUUUAUUUUUACUCCUCUUUCUCUCUCUCUCUCUCUCUCUCUCUCUCUCUCUCUCUCUCUCUCUCUCUCUCUCUCUCUCUUUUCCUGAGACAGGGUUUCUCUGUUCAUUCCUGGCUGUCCUGGAACUCACUCUCCAGACCAGGCUGGCCUCACACUCAGAGAUCCACUGCCUCUGUGUCUGCCUCCACCUCCCAGGUGCUGGGACCAAAGGUGUGUGCCACCACACCUGGCUCAUAGGGACCUUUCUGAUCUAGUGGAUCAUAGGAUCUGUGCGUUACGCCAGGUCAAACCCAGAUCUUCUGGGACCGGUGAAGGUGGGCCUAACUUGGUUUAUUUAUUUAUUGUUACCCAUUGCCAGCUCCUGGACCACUUGGACUCUUGGGACAGGCAGUGGUUCGAUCUCACCAGAUUUUUAAUUGUUCACUAUUUAUCCUUCUCAAAUCUGUUAGCCGUUCCGCUCCCAGCAUCCUGAAGUGAACAGAGCUAAGAGGGAGAAGAGCUAACACUGGGAGAGCUCCAGGGUAGAUGCUAAAUGUUGAACUUGACUGUGAAGUCCUCCCAUUUGUUGUUGAAAUGGGAGCUGAUGCCUUUUAUACAAUGUUAUCAAAGUGUGAAAAUUUUCCCUUACUGAAACAGAGAACAUUAAAAAUAUAUGUGUGCGUAUAUAUGUAUACACACACACACACACACACACACACACACACACACACACACACACACACCCUACUCACAAAUAAAGCCAAAGCCCAGCCUUUUGCUCGGGCUGAUGUAUCCUCCUCGACUUGACCUGCGCCCUUUCUGUUUCCCAGAUCCCACUGUGUCAUGUGGGCAUUGAUUUUAUUCUCAUUCUCUUUGGUGCCACAACCACCAAAACAAGGCCUGGGUCUAGACCCAAGUGAGCUCGCUCCUCCACUUGAGCGUGUUGGUGACACACCUAACUUAAAUGUCUUUGCCUUAUUCAUCAUUUGGUCCUGCUGUUAAUAACAAAUUUAUUAUCGUGUAUAUUUGCUAUUGAAGAUGGGAACGUGAUCCUCAAAUUGUUGGUCUGUUUUGUAUGUUGUGCAAAACUUGUAACACAGGUUUAAGGCGGGUGGGCUGUGAGAACACUGAAAACGUGCCCUUUGAAGCCGUUAUGUCCUCAUGGGAAUGUCGUCUCUUCAGUGGAAGAUUGGGUGGUCUCACGUUGAGGUUACUGCUUAGUCCCUUUAACUCCCCGUGCCCUCCCAAAGGGGAGAGACAUUACUCAGCUAAGCAGCCAGAAGCUAUGUCAGCAGCUUCCAUGGUAUUUUUCCCUAAUGGGAAGCACUUGAUAGCUAUUUCUUCCUGCCCUGCCCGAAGCCAGGCAGUGGUCUGAUGUUCAGAUGAACUAGAUGCUCCUCUUCCCCUUCUCCAGUCCCCAAACCUGGACCAAAGUACUUCAAGUUCCAGGUGUGGUGUCCUCUCUCCUGGGAUGUGCUGCAGCUGCAGAACCCUGCCCUUUUCACAGCCUGGGCCACAGUGUGAGCCUCUCUGGCUAUCCCAGCUCAGGACGUGAGGCGGUCAUCACCAGGAAUUUAUCCCUGCCCCCUUCCCUAGCAGAGGCAAAGAAACUAGUCACUGGCGGUUGAGGGGAAUUCCCUCACCCUAUGGCUUCCCAGCUUGAAACCCGGACUCACCUCCUGGGAGAGGUGAGGGGCGGGGAGAACUGUAAAUAGAUUUGCUGCAGAGCAACUCAGGGUUGGGGUAUGUUUUAAUUCUCCUGAUCACUUGAAAAUAAUCUGUAGGCUGAAUGCUUCUGGAGUGUGGGAGAAAUGUGACUCCAGGGUCCUUCGUUCUCUGAGGCUCUGGGGGUGGAGUGUAGGGCCUGAGAAGCCCUUUGAUAGCGCGACUGCACUGUCCUUCUGGAAACCCAACCUGCCAUCAGCCGGAAAUCCAGAUUCCUCACAUUCCAGUGUGAGCUUUCUUUCCCUGUGACUCUCAGUCUCUAGCUAUGUGGUCUGGGGAACUCUGUUAAACCACCCAAAUUUAGGGAAUGAGAGGGAAGAAAGGAGGCCAUUAUAACUCUGCCUUCAAGAAUCAUUUCUUGAAAACAAAAUGGAAAAAAAAAAAAGAUAACCACCUUCAAUCACAGGCAAAACCAAAACAAAAAAAAAAAAAACCAACAGCAACCAUUUAACUGAAGGAAGGGCCUGGUUCCACUCCACCCCACGUUCAUUGUGCCUUUACUUGUGUUAGCUCUCUGUGCUUUCUUCCUCCCCUCUAUGACGCCAUUGAUUAAAACCUUCCUUAAUAACCGCCGUUUCCUUUCUGCUCAUUCCUUAAAGCUUGGUGGGUUCCUUCUCUGAUUGUCUUCCGCCUUACUCGCCUGGUGGCCGAGGGGCUCAGCGCACCCCCCUUUUUCAUGUCUAACCCGUCUCCUUCCCCACAGUUUCCAGCCUGGAAGUUAACAGUCAACACUGAGUGAGAGACCAGAGUGCUGUGUGUGCAUGUGCGUGCCCGCGUGUGUGUCCAUCUGCAUGUGUGUCAGUUUCCUUGAAAAAUAAUUUAUUGUGUGAUUUAUUCUGGAGUUUUUGUUGGGGUUACAGAGCCGCUCCUCGAUGGCACGGAUCCCUGCAUCCCCCCACCCCUGGCAUAAAAUGUAUUAUCUGGUCUCAGGUUGGAUUCCCUGGUACGGUUCUUUCUGUGCGGUUUAAUUAAACCUUAAAAGCAAAAAAGAAAGCUCUGUGUAUUUUUGUCAUGAGCAGUACUGUUUCAAGGGACGGCACGGAGAGAGGAGGAAACCCACUGCCUCCUCUUCUGGGCAGGCGUGGCGGUUUGAUUUCAGGCUCGUGUGGGUGUGUGCGGCAGGAGCACCCGAAGCUUUCUGCAGGCCUCUGCCUGUGUGUGUUUUUUUUUUUUUUUUUUAGAUUUAUUCAUUUAUUAUAUAUAAGUACACUGUAGCUGUCUUCAGAUACACCAGAAGAGGGCAUCGGAUCUCUUUACAGAUGGUUGUGAGCCACCAUGUGGCUGCUGGGAAUUGAACUCAGGACCUCUGGAAGAGCAGUCGGGGCUCUUAACCGCUGAGCCAUCUCUCCAGCCCCAUGCCUGUGUGUUUUAAAAACCACCAUUUUGGCCUGGCUGACCAGUGAUUCUGUUUUGUAUUUGCUGCUUAAGUCCGCAUUGCCUUCCAUGGGUUCUGUUCCUUGUGACCCCUUCAAUUCUAUCUUCCCGUGCCUGUGCUUUGAGGCUGAUUCUCACGCAGUCAGUGGAAGAAAAGGUGGAGGCAGGGCCCUCCUCUUGUGAAUCCAUUUGUAUGUGGGUGCUGUCUAUUUCUCUUUGUUUUCCAAGACAGGGUUUCCCUAGGUAGUCCUGGAUGACUUGGAACUCACUCUGUAGACCCGGCUAGUAGCCAUGAACUCAAAGAGAUCCUCUUGCUUCUUCUGGUGAUGGGCGCAGAGGUGUGCACCGCCACAUCUUCAUUGCCUUUUCAACAGAAAUCUUAGCUGGUUUUCUUGAGCUUUGACUUUAGGUGUGAAAAUUCAACCAGGCCUCUUUGUCUCUGUGUUUGCCACUGACAGUAACUACAGCAGAGUCCACUGAAUGUGACUUGAACUUUCACUGAUAGCAGACCGGCCAGUUACUUCCCUCUGGGUUUAUAGUGGGUGUGUCUGUCUGUCUGUCUGUCUGUCUGUCUGUCUGUCUGUCUCUGUAUCGCUCUCAUGGAAUCUAGGCAGAUAUAAUGGGUGUGCGUGCAUGUGUGCGUGGAAUGCUCUCGGGGGAUCUAGAUUAGAAAAUCCUGCCGGGGAAGGGUUACUACCAGAGUGGCUGAAUUCUUGAUUAUUUGACCCAUUAUGUUAUUAAUAUGAAUAAUAAUAAACUAUUUAUUGAUUUUA